UAACAUAAGACUAGGACUGGUAACAACACUGUUUUGUCUUGUAGCUGGGUUCUGUGCUUGAAAUAAAAGGACAUACAGAUUAAUGAGUCUACUACACACUUCAAACAAAGAUAGCAGCAACAGCCAUGGCAAAAAGCUUGGAGUUUGGAGCUUUCAUGGAGAAAUUUACUCUCCAACCAAGCCCUUCACUGCAGCAACUCCCUUUGAGUGGCCUCACUUUUGCUGUUAAAGACAUAUUUGACAUAGAGGGAUAUGUCACUGGCUUUGGAAACCCUGACUGGGCCAGGACUCAUUCAGCUGCCACAACAACAGCCCCGGCUGUGAUGGACCUUUUAAAGGGAGGUGCAACUUGUCUUGGAAAAACCGUCAUGGAUGAAAUGGCCUACUGUAUGUAUGGAGUAAAUAAACAUUACGGCACUCCCACAAAUCCUUGUGCACCAGAUAGGGUGCCUGGAGGAUCUUCCAGUGGCUCUGCUGUUGCAGUAGGUGCAAUGCUGGUAGAUUUCUCCCUAGGAACUGACACUGGAGCAAGUGUAAGAGUCCCAGCAUCAUAUUGUGGAAUUCUUGGAUUUCGGCCUUCACUUGGUGCCAUCUCUACUGUAGGAGUUGUUCCUAUGUCACAGAGUUUCGAUACUGUGGGAUGGUUUGCUCGGGACCCUGUGAUUUUAAACCGUGUUGGACGUGUUCUUCUGCAUUUACCUGAUGUGGAUCCUAUCAAACCAAAUCAGAUUAUUAUUGCUGAAGAUUGUUUCCAUCUAUCUAGUGUUCCAAGUGAUCGAACAGCUCAAAUUCUUGUAAAGUCAAUCAGGAAGCUCUUUGGAGGUCAAUGUGUAAAGCAUGUAAUCCUUGGUGACUAUGUGAAGGACAAAGUGCCAAGUUUGCAGCAUUUCAUGGAUAAGGAAAAUGAAGACCAAGAGGAUAAUAUACCAUCCUUGGCAGCCCUUUCAAGUGCAAUGCGAUUACUUCAAAGGUAUGAAUUUAAGAAUAACCAUGCUGAAUGGGUCACUAAAGUGAAUCCAGAUUUUGGUCCUGGAAUCUCUGAGCGGAUAUGGGAUGCCAUUAAAGUAACAGGAGAAAACGUUGAUGUCUGCCAUUCUGUGAGGACCGAAUUAUGUGCUGCACUUACUGACCUGCUUGGGGAUCAUGGCAUCCUAGCUCUCCCAACAACUCCAGGGGAACCACCAAAAGUGCAAGCAAAUCCAUCCACAUUGGAUUUGUUUUUCUCCAAGCCUUUUAGCUUGUUGUCCAUUGCUGGGGUGUCUGGAUUCUGUCAGGUCAGCAUACCUCUAGGGAUGUAUCAUAAUGUUCCCGUGGCAAUUUCCCUAGCGGCAAAACACGGUUCAGAUGCAUUCCUGCUCAAUCUUGUUGAGACUUUAUAUGACACCCUCAAAGAACAAAUCGAACUGCUGACAGAAUAAAUUGCUUAUGUCAGUCUGUCUUUCAUUUCAAAUUAACUUUAAAGGUUUUAUGAAGGCCUCUGUUACAUUCUGCAGUAACUACCAUAGGGGUUAAUUACUGUAUCACAAAAUGCGGAAGCAUGAGACAUGGGACACAGUCUGGAGGCAUGAAUUUCCACGAUUCCUAUUUCUAGAUCCCCUUCCAUGGACAAUGUAGAAUCCAGAGUUAAUUGUAAAACAUAUAAGAACAUAAUUGCUGCUCAGUUUGUAUAAUGUAUCGAUUAACUACAGACACUGAUGUCAGCUAUUGUCUUCGAUACCAUACCAGUUGGCGUUGAUAUCUUCACACUUUUGUUUCUUCUUAUAAUGUUUUUGGUAUCUUUGCCUGUU